UUUCCUCCAUUUCUGGGUUUCUUCUCAUCUUCCAAGGAUUAGGAUUCUCAUUUUUAGGAAAUUAGUUUUUUUUUUUCUGCUCAAGUGAUGACGACGAGUUUGGAUCGGUGGGAGAAAGAUCCUUUCUUUCCCGCUGCUGAAGAAGUUCAGGAAUCUGCCGACAGGAUGGAGUCAGCGUACAGGACAUGGAUCAAUGGGAAAAGAGACUCUUCAAAUGUAUGGGACUCUGAACAGCUUCAUAGAGAUCUUCACGCUGCUCUUGGAACCACCAAAUGGCAGUUAGAUGAAUUCCAAAAAGCUGUCAAAUCUAGCUAUGACAAUCGUUUGAGUGAUGAAACUAGAGAUAGGCAUCGGGAGUUUACUUUCGCAAUGGAAGCUCAGGUGUCGAAAAUCGAGAAGUCUCUCAAGGAAGCUGCGCAAUCCGAUGGCAAAGGAACUCCGAGAUGGGUUCGUUUGGAUGAAGAUGAUCGUAAUGAGCUUGCUCUCUUCUUGACUGGACCAUCUGAAUCUGUCAAAGCAAAUCCGAAUGGACAUAGAAGGACGGCAAGUGCUGCUGAAUUCAGUGCUUGGAACAUUGCGGUUUCUGAUGAUGGUUUACUGAAGAAAUCUUCUGAUGAGCCAGUGGUUCGACCUCCGAGGAAAGUACCUAGCUUCUCUGGGUUCUUAAAUUAUAUGGAUCCUGGGUCCAACCAUUGCAAUAGAAAGUGGAAGGCUUUAGAUCGUCAAGGAGACUCCGAUGCUGCGUUAUUACCUAUCCAAGCUAACCAACAAGUUAUGAAUGGAAGUCUAGAGAAGGGCAAGAGUUGUAUGGAGUGUGAGGAGGACUGUUAUGAAAAGCAGCUUCACGGUUGGUAUGGAGCUCUACAGAGGCAACUUCAACGGUCUCAGUAUCGAAUGCGAUAUAGUAAAUCGGUUCACGCUGCAAUUUGGAUAAUUCUUUUAGUUUUUCUUAUUGUGGUAGUCGCAGUGCAUUCAAUGUAGAAGACAGGUUUGGAAUAGCAGGGUUCGAGUUCAUUCAUCUUCUGUGUAACGGCGAAAUAGACGAAUUUGGGAAUCCACAUUUUUACUGUACAGUAAAUUCCACUGUUUUUGUUGGUUGUUUGUAAUAUAGAAAUGCAUUUUUU